CGUGCGGACGUACGGGAGUCGGGGAGGGAGGGGGCUCGCGCUCCACGCACGCGCACACCCGGUGAAAUUGUCACGCGGACGGCAUUAAACGGGAUGUGUCGCGAGUGUCUGCGCGCGGCCACGGAGCAUCCCGACGCCGUAGCUGUGUGAACCGAACCCCGGCAGCAGCAGCGGGAGCAGCGGGAGCAGCGGGAGGAGGAGGCCCGCCAAGGAGGAACCAUGUAGCGGAUUAAACUGUGCACUCGAACCGGACCGAGGGGCGCUCCGAGGAACAGCGACUGGACCGAGGCGGGACGCGGCUGGAGCGGGAGGGGACAUGGGGAAGGACCAGGAGCUGCUCCAGGCCGUGAAGACCGAGGACUUACUGACCGUCCAGCGGCUGCUACAGAGACCUCGGCCGGGCAAAGCCAAGCUCCUGGGAGCAGCAAAGCGGGUGAACGUCAACAUCCAGGAUGCAGAUGGCCUGUCUCCGCUGCACUACGCUGCACUGAGUGGGAACAAGGAGCUCAUCUCUCUGCUACUGGAGGCUCAGGCCGCGGUGGACAUCAAGGACAACAAAGGGAUGCGCCCUCUGCACUACGCUGCCUGGCAGGGGAAGACUGAGCCCAUGAAGAUGCUCCUCAAGUCGGGCUCCUCAGUGAACGGGCCGUCAGAAGAAGGACAGAUCCCCCUGCACCUGUCCUCCCAGCACGGACACUACGACGGGACUGAGAUGUUGCUCCAGCACCAGUCUAACCCCUGUAUCUCUGACGCCGCAGGGAAAACCCCGCUGGACCUGGCCUGUGAAUUUGGACGUGUUGGAGUGGUCCAGCUGUUGCUCAGUAGUAACAUGUGUGCCACCAUGCUGGAGCCCAAGCCCUCUGACCCCAACGGAGUGUCACCUCUGCACCUGGCCGCCAAGAACGGACACAUCGAUGUCAUCAAGUUGUUGAUCCAAGCUGGCAUAGACAUCAACAGACAGUCUGAGUCAGGCACAGCGCUACACCAGGCUGCCCUCUGUGGGAAGACAGAGGUAGUGCGCCUACUGCUGGAUAGUGGCAUCAGUGCUGGGGUGAGGAACACACUGAGCCAGACAGCGCUGGACAUAGUCAAUCAGUUCACUACCACACAGGCCAGCCGAGAGAUCAAACAGCUGCUCAGAGAUGCUUCGGCGGCGAUGCAAGUGCGAGCGCUCAAAGAUUACUGCAACAACUACGACCUGACCAGCCUGAACAUCAAAGCUGGGGACAUUAUCACGGUUUUGGAGCAGCACUCUGACGGCAGAUGGAAGGGCUGUAUCCACGACAACCGCACAGGGAACGACCGUGUGGGCUACUUCCCCUCCAACAUGGUGGAGGUCAUCAAGAGGGCAGGUUCCCGGACAGCGGAUGCCAGUCCUCAGGGCUCGCCCACACUGGGCCAGCAGAGCAGCACCUGUGAGGACAUCUGGGUGUUACGCAAACCAUUACAAGGAGGUGACCGCAGCGGCAGUGUGGGCAGUCUGGGCAGUGGGCGCUCCUCCAGCAGUCUGUCCGGCUCAGGGAACACCCACGUCCUGACCACCCCAGCACCCAGCCCCCACCCAGCCCCCACCCCCGGAGUCAACCCCCACGGACUCAACGCCCCGGGACUGCACGCCCAGUCCGAGGGGGUCAAGCUUCUGGCCACAGUGUUGGCCCAGUCAGUCAAAGCUAAGGAGCAUCUCCUGGAGCAGUCCCAGUCUGUGGAGCAGUCAGCUGGUACUUCUAGCCACACAAUUCACGAACAGCGCUCUUUUGAAAAGAAGGCAGAGGAGGAUGAUGGGAAAAAACAAGCUGUAGUGUCAUGGCUGGGGGAAUUCCAGCUCCAGUUCUACACCACACACUUUCUCACGGCAGGAUAUGAUCUAGAGACCAUCGGCUGCAUGACCCCUGAGGACCUCACUGCUAUCGGGGUCAUGAAGCCUGGCCAUCGAAAGAAGUUAAUAUCUGAGAUCAGCAGGAUAGCCUCCACAGACUGGCUCCCUCAUCACAAACCGGCCAACCUGGCAGACUGGCUGUCUCACUUGGGGCUGAACCAGUACUACCAGGUCCUGGUCCAGAACGGAUAUGAAAAUAUUGAGUUUGUGUCUGACAUCAGCCUGGAGGAUCUGCAGGAGAUUGGCAUUACAAAGUUAGGCCAUCAGAAGAAGCUAAUGCUGGGUGUGAAGAGACUGAAGCAGCUUCAAAGAGGAGAGGUCAGCUCUGAGCUCCCUCAGAGCCUCUCCACCCCCCCAUCCAGCCCGGGAGCCAGCACUGAGACCGGCACAGAGGUCAGCACCCAGGACAGCACCCAGGACACCACCCAGGACAGCACCCAGGCUACCACCCAGGCUACCACCCAGGCCACCACCCAGGCCACCACCCAGGCCACCACCCAGGCCAGGAAGCAGAGGGAGGGAGCCCCUUGCCCUCUGGCCAAACCUCGCCCAGGGCUCACAGCCUCACAGACCCCUCCCCUCACUCCCACCCACACUCCUCCUCAGACACCCCCUCACAGCAGAGCACAGGUAUCCCCCAGAGCCAGGCCACGGCCCUCCACCCAAAGCCCCGCUCUGGACUCCCAUCUGCCCCUGCUGCAGGUGCCCUUUGAGGAAGAGGAGAGAAGAAGGGCGCACAGUCUGAGCGGACCAGAGACAGACUCUAAAUAUGCCACCGUGUGUCGCAGCACCUCUUCACACGCCACUACUAAUGAUGUCACUGUCAACCGCAGCCAAUCAUCAGUCACGCUCCGGCCACGCCGCAAAGGCCGGCCCCCCACGCCGCCCAAAAGGUCCUGUUCUUCCAUGACGGGGGCAGAGGAGGGGGGCGAGGGGCCAGGAGAGGGUCAGGGCGAGGGCCUUCUAGGGCUGCCGGCCUAUAGGGAGAGGCGGGCCAGUGACUGUGGAGUCCUGGGAGCAGCUCUUAGGGCUCAGUCUGCAGGUCUGGAGCGCUCCGACGGGGCAUCAGGGAGUGUGCGCAGCCUGGCUGCCAUGUUGGAGACCUCCAUGGUGGGAGGAGCCAUGACUCUGCCCAGGAAUAUGGGCAGUAACGCAACUUAUCUUCCGGUGAGCCCACCCCUGCUGCGACGUCAGCCCGGUGCAGGAGGUCUGGGCUCUGGAGAAGACGAUGUGCUGAGCCGCCGCAGAACCAUCAGCGGGACCGACGACCUCCCUAGUGACCUGGGCAACCAGUCUCCACGGCAACCGCCUCAGCAACAGCAGCAGCAGCAGCGCCCGGAGCCCCGCCCACGCUCCACCGUCCUCUCGUCCUCCUCCGCAGAGAUCACCGACGGGACAGCCACGCUCAGGAGGAGACCCAAGCCCUCUGACGCACCAGUCACGGCCACCACCACAGUAGUUACCAUGACAACUGCCAACACAAGCAAUAAACACAUAGAGCAGAACGGAGGGGUGGUCCUGAGGAGGAGGCCAGCGUCAGAUGCCCCUGAGAGGGCGGAGACGGAGACAUGUGAGUGGAUGGAGGCGCGGAAGUCCCUUAAACCACCUGUCUCGCCUAAACCGUCGGCGGUGAGGAGGGGCCAGGCCGAUCCACCGACGCCCACGCGCAGGGUCCCUCUGCCCGGGCCCGACAGCAGUGAGCCAGGCAUCGCUCAGAGCCCCGAACCUAAACGCAUCCCUCCUCCCGUCUCCCCCAAACCUCGUGGACCCCCAACGGCCCCCAAACCCGGCAAAGCCAUAGCAGCCUCGCCCGCCGCCAGCCCCAGUGCAACCAGCCCCGCCCCUGCACCCACCCCCACCCCUCUGCAAGCACCCACCCUCACCCCUCUGCAAGCACCCAUCCCUGCACCCAGACCCAGCUCCCGCGGCCCCCUACCUGCCCCCGAGACCCCAUCGGCGGCCUCGCUCUCCCCGGGACUGCCCCUCACCUCUCCCUCUCCCGCCCAGAGCCCAUCCAGCCCCACCCCGCACCCGGUCAAGCCCCCGCGUUCCUCCAUCGCCGGGCUCUCCAUCGACCUGAGCAGCCUGCGGGACCUGGAGGAGGAGAGGGAGGGCGGGGGUAGAGAAGAGGACGGUCAGAGGCAACACAAGUCCGAUGAAGAAGCACAGAGCGCAGCGGAUGGAGCAGAGAAGACAGAGGGAGAAGGACAGCAGCGCCUGGAGGAGACCAGCGCCUCCCUGGCUGCAGCGCUGGAGGCUGUGGAGCACAAGAUCACAGAGGAGGACAAGCAAAACGACUCUCUGUCCCACAAGAAGGCCACCGUCUCCAUCCUGGAUGACAUCGGCAGCAUGUUCGACGACUUGGCCGACCAGCUGGACGCCAUGUUGGACUGACCCCGCCCCCGUCCCCGCCUGCGUCUGGCCCGCCUCCUUCCCCUUCCCCGGUCUAUCUGCGACAGACGGACUUCCACAGGCCCGGGCGCGGCUCUGUGACCAUUCCAGAGGUGGAGGAGGAGG